UGCGUUUAGAGAUUGUAGCCUACUUUGCCGUUGAACAUAAUGAGGUUUUCCUUGCAGUUAAAUGACUCUUUAACGGUGUUUUCUACCUCUUAACUCCCUUCUGAGGGACAGGACUGAGAAUUUUAUCCUUGCAAUUUAAAUGAGCAUCUUUAAUAAUGUUUACUUCUGUAUCUUCCAUAUUGUUAGUUUAGAAACUUGGAGACACUCAAACACCAGUGACCUUCUGAGGAUAUUUUGUAUCAUAAGACUUGAAUAACAACGACUACAAUGACCCAGUCAGUCUUUGUGCACUUGUCAGUUAGGCAUACCUGAUGAAAUUUUGGCUUGAAAAACGAUUCCACUUCUUAUCUGAUCUGAAUGCAUUUCCUAUUCAAGGUACGAUUCAUCCUUGGCACCUGUGCUUAAGAAAGUUGAUUACUCAACCUUUUUUAUUUAAUUGACUGACAUUGUGCCUUGUCCCAACCUUAUAGUUGUUGAGUGAGUCAACCCACUGCAGAGCGAAGACCCUCCUCACACAGCGCUGCCAGCCAAAAGCUGUCUUCAGGAGGGCCAGAACCUGAGGACCAUCUCCACUAGCAUAAUCCUCUCCAGGACAGCACUGAGCAAGGACAGUCAUGGCACCUGGGGAGAGCUGUUGCCGGAUUUGCAGCAGAGGCCUGUACAGCUGUCACUGGAAUCACCCUAGUGAGAAGAAGCAAAGGUUUGCCUACUGCUGGUUCUCAAUCCUCACCUUGGUGACCCUGCUCACUCUCUGCUGGAUGUACAUCUGUCUGGUCACUUUCAAUGAUCGGGAGGACGUAAACUGGAAGGGCUUUGUUGAGCUCAAGCUGUGGGUGAACUGGUUUAUGGUGUUCAUUAUCAUCUCUGCUGUGAUCAACAUCUAUUGUGUCUUACUACUGCUCUUUGCACUUUUCCAAGUUGUCUUGAGAGAACCGCUGGACCUACACUGCCUUCACAAGAUCUUUCUGUUUCUAGGUGUGUUAUUUAUCACAGCAGGGGUCACAGGGAUGAGUCUGAAGUGGAAAACAGAGUGGCCUACUGUUCUUCUGUCUCUGCAGGCCACGGCUCCCUUCCUGCAGAUGGGGGGUGUGGUGGCCCUGACCCUGCUCAGUUGGCUGGUGUUCAAGGGCUUCCACCGGGCCACAAGAGCAGUCUCCAAGGUCUUGAUCAUGGUGGUUUUUGUUUUGGUGUCGGUGGCUAUCUUCCUCAGCCCCUUGCUCAUCACCUCCCCUUGCCUUCUCGAGGCUGAUGAGCUCCUUUCUAAACCUGCUCUCAUUGGCCAUCGUGGGUCACCAAUGCUGGCCCCAGAGAACACCAUGAUGUCGUUCGAGAGGAGCGUGGGGUGCAACGUGACAGCCUUUGAGACUGAUGUGCAGCUCAGUAAGGAUAGAGUUCCUUUCCUGAUGCAUGACCAUCACCAUGAAUUCCUGAGGAGGACUACAGAUGUGAAGGAUAAGUUUCCUGGUCUGGAGUUCAACCACAGCACCAAUCUGUCUUGGGCAGAGUUAGAGAGUCUGAAUGCUGGCACCUGGUUCCUACAGUCAGAUCCGUUCUACUCUGUCUCCAAGCUUUCCGAGGAGGAGAGGCGGGAAGCCCAGAACCAGAGUAUCCCUUCCUUGGUCCAGCUCCUGGAUCUGGCCAAGCAGCACCACACCUCGCUCAUCUUUGACCUGAAGAACGAGGACAACCAGGACGUCGACAUCACAGUCAGCACCAUCCUUACGUCUGGCAUCCCUCAAAACCUGAUACUCUGGCUUCCCGGUACUAAGAGGAGGGAUGUGAUGGAGGCUGCACCUGGUUUCAGACAGGUCUAUAACAAUGUGUCUAUCAUGGACACGUAUGGAGGACACCACCUGAAUGUAAAAUACAGUUCUCUGAGCGCAACAGAAAUCAGGGAGCUGCGAAGCAGAAAUGUGUCGGUGAACCUGUGGGUGGUGAAUGAGCGCUGGCUCUUCUCUCUGCUGUGGUGCUCAGGAGCCAGCUCUGUGACCACCAAUGCUUGCCAUCUUCUACAGGACAUGACCCAGCCCCACUGGACUCUGGGUUCUAACCUGUACAGAAUGAUAUGGAUCACAGUCAACUUGAUGUCAUUGCUCAUCAUGUUUGGACUGUUCAUCUUACAGAGGAACAGUGGCAGUUUCAGUCAUUCUAAAGAGAAAGGAAAGCACGUACACAGAUUUUCCACCUGGAACCAGAGAGAAAUGUCCCCCUUCUUACCUUCUGAGUAGCUCUGCCUGGAUCUAAUGGAAGCUGCCUUUGGAAUCUACUGAACUAAACCCCUUCUAUGUCACCUAUAUGUCUCAGCCCUGAGUCUGGAAUCUUUUCAUAAAUGUUUCUAUAAUGGGUUCAUUGUAAAAAUGUGACAAAACCUGUGCUUCAAAAGGCUGUUUUACUACUGUUUUUCUUUGUGCGACUCAUUUCAAAUAGUUGUCUUUUUUUCAUUUCUUUUUUACACUUUCUAUGUAUUUACAGACCUGUCUCAAAUGGCCAAAUGUGUACCGUACAUGGAUUCAUUUGAAUUAUGAACAUAUGUGUGUGUGUACCAGUACGUUUAUGUGUACCUAUCCUUUUUGAAAAUGUGUAAUUUGAAUAGAAACUAAACUGAUCAAAGGACCUGUAUUGUUCACAAUUCUGUGGGUUUUACAUGUUUUAAUUAAUCAUUUGUUGGUGUAGAUUGUGUUGAAUUAAUCUAUUUUUCUACACCAGCAUUUCAAUUCACUGUGUGCGUGUGUGAGGGCACGUGUAGAGAACGAAAGGAUAUAUACAUAUGCAUAAACUUAUGGACUUUUUGAAAUAUUUGUCAGCCCUGCGAAAAGGCUUAUAUGUUGUCCUGUUUGUUAACACUAGAUGGCAGGCGUUACCAUAUUUUCAUUGACCAUCCCCAUAGAUGUUGUUAGUUGCCAUAGGUCUGCUGUGAAUAGACCAUCUCUGCUCCCUUCUGUAAAGCGGUUAGGGGCCAAAGAGAUGGGUCAAAGUGAAGAGACCAAUUAACGCAACAUUAAGAUGAUUAGUCUAAAUAAUGUUGACUGUUGUUAUUGUUGACGAUGAUGGUGUUCAUAAAGACAAAGGGCAAUGAUGAUUAA